CAUUACCAAGCAAAUCCUUCUCUCUCUUCGCCCCUCCGCUCCGCUCCUCUCUGCUUUAAAUUCCUUCUUCCCUUCUCAUCUUCGCUUUUCAAUCUUCUUCAAUAAUGGUUUCCUCUGUUUCAAAAUCCAGUCUUUCUACCCCAUUACUCUCUCUUACUCUUUCAGCUUCUUCAAGCAGUUCUAGUGGCAGCAUUAGUGACGCCGAUGAUGUCAGCAGCGGUAGCCUUCUUUCGUCGGAUCGAUUCGAUGCUGUUGACGUUAAAAAGUUUCGAUUUUCUUCCAUACCUGUUUCUGGGUUUUCCUUGCAUCGAUCCUUGGCUGUUCUGUCCGGUCACAUCGGCUCUGUUUCUUGCUUGGCCUUGUGUGGCGAGUUCAUACUCAGUGCUUCUCAAGGCAAGGACAUCAUCGUAUGGCAACAGCCUGAUUUGAGAGUUUUCACGAAGUUCGGACAGGGAGACGGAUCCGUCAAAGCCCUUGUGUCUGUCGGGGACAAGGUUUUCACAGCUCAUCAGGAUAGCAGAAUCAGAGUCUGGAAGGUUUCUAGGAGCUCCGAGAAUGUGUUCAGGCUGGUGGAUUCAUUGCCCACAACGAAAGACUAUUUGGGGAAAUUCAUGAAGCAGAGCAACUACGUCCAAACUCGAAGGCACCACAAGAAACUCUGGAUCGAACAUGCUGAUAGCAUCUCAUGCUUGACAGUUUGUGACGGCUUAAUCUACUCUGGCUCGUGGGACAAGACCCUGAAAGUUUGGAGGCUCUCAGAUUUGAAGUGCUUAGAAUCCAUUAAAGCUCACGACGAUGCCAUCAAUGGCCUGGUUUCUUCAAAUGGGGUUGUGUAUUCUGCUUCAGCAGAUGGAAAGAUCAAAGCUUGGACACAAGGGAAGGAGAAGAAAACACAUUCUUUGAAGGGGAUUCUAGAAGGUCACAAGGAUGUUCAUUCAAUUCUGUGCUUGUUUCUGAUGAUGGAAAGUGGGUUUAUGGAGGAGGAUCAGAUGGGUAUAUAAUGGGAUGGGAAAAUAAUAAAUAAUAAUAACAAUAAUGGGAUUUUGGUUUCUGAAACAAAGCACAUGAAAUGGCUGUGUUGUGUAUGUGUUUGAUGGGAGAGUUUCUAUUCAGUGGGAUCAGCAGAUAAGAGUAAUUGUCGUUUGGAAGAGAGCGUCAUUUGGGAAGCUUUGUAAAUUUGAGAUCAUAAGUGGUCAUGAAGGACAGUGAAGUGUUUGCAGGCAAGUUUUGAUAGAAUUGGAGGUGGGUUUUUGCUCUACAGUGGAAGUCUUGAUAAGAGUUGAGGGUUUGGUGGGUUCCUAAGUACAGUGAAGAAGAAACACAAAACAACUCAACACAAUAAUCCCACCAAGCUCUACUCUCAACAACAAAUCCAUUGUUGGAUAAGGUUGUGUUUCAGUUGAUAGAAUCAAACCUUUUGUGGACUAAAGAGUUGUUAUUGGUUUGAUUCUCAACAGUGAUCUGUUCCUGGUAAAGCUUGCAAGGUUCUGUCAUGAAGCAGCAGAUUCCUAUUUUUUUUCUGUAUCUGCUGAUUGGAGUAACAUACAAGAUAGAGGGUUAAAGUUUGAAAUUUUUCCCCCUUUUUUUCUGUCUGUAAUUGCAUUGAUACUUUUCUGUUUCUUCUUCUUGUGUGUCAUUCAAUGUAUGAUAUUUUUCAUAGGAUUAAAUUUAAGGGUAGAAAGUGGAGGGACAUAAGAUAUAAUUAUGGAUUCAAUUUUUUA